GGGAAAUGAUUAGAUGCUUCAGGGAAGACCUUUUGAUUGACUAGUACCAUGUGAACAUUUUGACGAUUGUAUCGUAUGGUCAUGAGAAGCGUCUUGGGGUUCUCUUUCCAGGCGUGGUUUUGUUUUUGAACAUGAACAUGAACAUGAACAUGAAUGCAGAAAGUUUGGAGUGAGGAGUGGAAGAAGAUUGGCAUAUGAGAUGUGAGUGUUCAAUAACCAGCAACCCAUGAAUCAAUUGACGCUCGCAUCGAUAUCUCCAGUUUACCGCCCCUUCAAUCCUGAAAUUGGGAGUUGUCGAUUGUUACUUCACUGCCAGGGAUCCGUUCAGCUCCGUUGUUUUGCGGUUCAGUUUGGAAAUCGAAAACUGGGAAUAUAUUCACUUUCAUUACAGAAGAAUAAGGAAUUGUCAAUUUGUAGCAAGAGAUCCGGCGAUCCUGGCUGUUUAGCGGAAAUCUGGAAAUACCACAACAAAGCAAUCAAACCUCCCGAGCCAAUAAUUGAAAAAGCUUUUCUCGAGGUCGAAUUUAUAUAAAUCAUUCAACUUUCGAACUCGGAGAAAUCUUCAAGCUCAAAAUAACAACUUCUCUUUUACUUGAAGCGCGCAACUACAAGCAAGUAAAACUGGAGUCCGAGGUCUUGUAUCCAAAUCUACAUUAUUCACAAUCAUUUAUAGGAUAGAGAAAUCGAAGGUAAACAGAAGCCAUCCAUCUUUCGCCAUGGCUGCAGAAGAUACGGAGAUGGGUGGGAUUUCUGUUGUGCCUCUGCAAGAAGACAUUCAUCGAAAUCUUUGCUUUCCACCAUCGCUACUAUCGCCAUCUUCGUCUACCUCAGAGGCUUCCAUGGAUACUGAUAUGCAUCCUCCUUUGGAUGUAACUUCAAGUACCUCAGUUCCAUUUGAAUCAACAGUAUUACUUGUAAAGUCGCUAAUAUACAAAGAGGCGAAGAAGGAAAUUAAAGGUGUCAAGCCUUAUCCUAACUCCGCCAUGCAUUUCUUAAAUUUGACAGCAGUACCUCAAAAUUCGGGAGUCUCUGUGAUCAGCCAGAGCAAUCUUUCAGGGCUUCCAAAAUUACCGUCUCAAUCCAGCUCUCCAGCUCCAAUUCUAAGAGUUGGAUCGCGGAAGAGUAUUUUCGACAAUAAAUACCCAAACGGAAAUGUAACAUCUGAAUAUGAAAAGUUGGGUGCGAUUGUUGACAAACAUUAUGCAGGUCUUUCACCACUACCGCCACCCUCGUGUCUGCCCUCACCAACUAUAAGCGAUGGCUCAAGUAUGCAUAAGAUCUGUUCCGGCGACCAAUAUCUCGACUCAUUGACGAUAUCUGGCCGCCCGGGGUUAUUUGCGACCUUGGGUACAGAACCUGCAAAGUUUACAGGAUCGUCUUCCGUUCCGCCAACUGAAAAACUUGGCUUGACUUUCGAUACACAUACAGAUACCACUACAUCCAAACCACUCGAAUUAUCAAAGGCAUGGAGAGUAGCGAGAGUGUGUGAACUGAUGUUCAGAGCUGUUGCAAACAUCGAACCUGGUAAUAAAGAAGGUCGUGUCGAAAUUCUCGACUUUUAUUUACAAGAGUAUCCUUUGCAACGCCUGGUAAUUUUAAAGGCCCUUGAAAACACUGGGAGAUAUUUUCGCAAAUUUUCUAAAGCUAUGUCUGCCCAUUCGAGUAAAUCAUACAAAGAGCAGUGUAUGUUAAGUGAUGAUUUCAAAAGAGAGAACCCAAUCCCUCCAAUUAUAAGUCCUCUGUUACCCUUCGCAUCCAUAGCAGCCAGCUACGCCAGAAAAACCAAGUCUCCGCGUCGAGGAGGAACAUCGUCACUACGUACCUACAAAGAUCACCAUUACCACAACAAUUUCAGAUGCGAAAUCAAACAUGAAAAUGAAAGUUUCCCGUUGGGUUUCAAUCCAUUUUUGAUAAAAACUCUCGGAAAAUGUAGCAGACAACGUCUUCGGAACGAGAGAUAUGAUAGACAUAAGAUACACAUGAAGCAAGUCGAGAAGGGAUUUUCGCAUGUGCAUAAGAAUCCGUUUUUGUCCGAAGAAAUCAUCAAGGAAUGUGGAGGAGAAACUUAUGCAGCAUUGGAGGGAAGGGUCGAGAUGGAUGACCUGAGGGAUGCUGCAUAUUGGGAAAUGACCACUCGACAAAUUGAGGGGAUACCUACUCGAAAGAAUAGAAAUUCCGUUUUCAAGAAACGUCCGUCGCCGUUGAGGGAGGAAUUGCCAAUAUUAGACGAUCAUUGGAUUUCUGACUCUGUAAUGCCACAUAUGAAAGUAUCUGGGCAAAUCAUCAAGUUGGGAUCAGAAAUUGUCCGAGCCAGCAAACGCAAGCAGGAUACUGAUAAGGAGGCAGAGGAAGGGCAAAGAGAAGUUCAUGAAUCUCGAUACAAAGCCAGAAAGCUCGACUCUAAGAAAGUGGAAGAAAAAGCUUCAAUGGCGCAAUGGGAGAGGGAAUUCAAUGCAGUCAAAAAACAGAUCCGGCAGGAAUAUGAGGAAAAGAUGAAGGAAGAAAAUGAGGAAAUGCGGGAAGAGACCGAAAAAAGGAAAGCUGUAGAGGAGCGGGAACGGUCACAGGAAGCACAAGAGAAGAGACGCAGGGAGACGAAGAUCCGGCGAGAAGAAAAGAAUGAGCGAUUGUGUAUGGAACGAGAGAGCGCAAGGGUCCGUGCGACGGAGGGGCCGGAGAGGCGAAAAGAAAAGAGAGAUCUUUUGAGAUGGGAAAACAGGGAGAGAUCUGAUUGUCGUGUUACACAAGCAUGGAUAGAUCUCGGUGCUGAUAUGGCUCGUGUUGGAAGUUGGGAUUGAGACAAGAGUCAGGGAGAAGAGAAUACUAUUGGCUGGUGAUACAUGUAUUGCGGUGGCUGCGGGGUUGAAUACUUUGAGGCAUGAGGGGCCAUGUAAGCGUUUGGGACGAUGGAACUGCUUUUCUCUUUCUGCCGCUUUUUCGGGGUCUGGAGGUAUGGGGGAAAAGCCAAAAAGAGCGUCUGGGCUAGACAUUGACGUGUACCUAAAAUUAUAUCAAGUAGCCCCAGAGUAGUAAAGCUCUUAAUCAUAGCUAUUCAGAAGCUCAAAGAAUAGCUUCCUUAUACCAUAUCAAAUGAUAACUACCGGCCAAUUGAUUGACUGUAGUAUAGAUUCUUACAAUCAGCAAUUUUGGGCAGUAAGUGAGAAAACGAUUGGUGCCUUAUUUCUCAUAAAUCUUUUUCUUUUACAAUGAAUGUAUUCUAUCUUCGCCGGUUAGAUUAUGCGAGGGUGAACGGGGAGGUGGAAAUGACAUCGAUGUCUUGAGGGAUAUGCUGGUGCAGAAUCUUAUUUGUGUGAUCAAAACCUUGAAGUACCAGUCUUUAUACAUAUCACGGUUCCUUGGAGUCAGCAAUAUCAUAGUACUAACAUCUCA